AUGCCGGCGGUGCCCAUCCUGCCCACGUUGGUUGUGGUUGCUGUGGCAGGCGUUGCCUCAGCUGGCCUCCAGCUCAUCACCGUCAGCAGUCUCGUGGUGAUCGUGGGGUUGGCUGGUGCCUGUGCCCUGUGCAUUGCAGCUGGCCAGAGAGCAGUCCAUUUCCUUGGGCAGGACGAGCAGGUGUGGGUUGAAGGCUUUACCGGAGCCUAUGUACAGAAUGGGCCCGGCGUUGCCAUACUAAAUCCGCUGACAUACAGGUCUGCGAUCAGUCGAAAGGCCGAGACGUUGGGAAACAUGGACUACGUCAAAGUGCGGGACACUCUUGAAGGAAAAGAACGAGUUGAAAAAGGACCGCAGCUCUUUUUUCUUGGAGCCUACGAGCAGGUUGUCGAGCGAAGGCAAGGCCUCAGCUUGGGAAGUACGGAGUUUGCCACUGUGGAAGACCGGCUCACCGGGGAGCGGCGGAUCGUGAAAGGUCCUUGCAUGUUUUUCCCGGGACCACAUGAAGAUGCCAACAGAGGCGCAGCAGUUAGCCUGAGUCGUAUUGAGUACCUCACUGUGGAGGAUCAGCUCACCGGUGACAAGCGAAUUGUCAAAGGUCCCGCAGUUUGGUUUCCAGAUCCGUACGAGCGAAGCAGCGCCAAGACCACGGCUAUAGCAUUGCAGGAAGAUGAAUAUGUCAAGGUGAAAGAUACGUCUUCAGGAAAGAGAUGGAUUGAGAAAGGCAAAGCUCUAAUCUUCCCAGAGCCUACUUGGCAUGUUGAGGGUGCCUCUGCGAAAUGCAGCGGCAUUUGCAAAGCCUGGGCUUUAAAGUCCUACGAGUACGUGCGCCUCAUGGACACCGUCACGGGCAAGGUUGCAUCCUACCGUGGAGAACAGACUGUCUUCCCGAGUCCAGAUGAUGAACUCUUGGAUGGUGGCGUCAUGGAAGCUCUCGAUCUGAAGGUCCAUGAAUACGUCAAGAUCCUUGACCAGUCCACUGGAACGAUCCGUGUCGAAGCAGGAUGUAACGGGUCCAGCAAGCAGGUUUUCCUUGGGCCACACGACAAAGUCCUUGACAACGGCAAAAGGAAGGCCGUUGAGGUGGAUGACGAGCAUGCAGUUCUCGUGCGUGACAAGAGCACCGGGCAAGUUCGCCUCGUCACGGAGAAGCAGCUUUUCGUCCCAGGGCCGAACGAGACGAUCGAGAAGGUUCAAGAAUUGAUCCGGCUUGCAGACCAUGAAGCUCUCAUUGUGAAGAACCGUGAGGGCGAAUUUCAGUAUUUUUAUGGCAGCGAGGAAAAGCGGGCUCCCGGCCAGCCAAGAGCCUUCUUCCUGGAACCCUAUGCGGAGAUUGUCAAACUCUGCUGGAGCAAAGGUCGCCGCCGCGAGACCCGAAACCUUUUCAUCGAGAGGUUUGAUUGUCGUGCUCAGUUCAUGUCCUUUGAGUUCAACUGCCGCACAUCUGAUAAUGUGGAGCUCAUCCUGGAGGGAACUUUCUUCUGGGAAGUAGUGGAUCUUCCUGCGAUGGUCAAGAGCACUGGGGACACCAGCGGUGACUUAUGCAACCAUGCAAGAUCGCAAUUCAUCCGCCAUGUGGCCAAAGUUACCUUAAAGGAGUUCAUGGACAGCUCGCAUGCCAUUGCCAAGCGAGUGUGGGAGGAAGAUACGGAGUUCUAUGCCUCUCGUGGUGUGAAGAUUCAUUCGUUAGAAGUAACUCGUUAUCAAUGCGCCGAUUCUCGAACCUCCGAGAUUCUGGAGCAGAUCAUUCAGGAAACCACAAAUCGGAUGAACAGGCUCUCGCAGGCAGAAUCAGAAAACGAGGUCAGCCUCUUUCGAACUCAAGGCCAGAUUGAGCAGGAGCGUCUGAAUGGCGAGCUGCUGGCCAUCAAGCAUCAGCAUUCAGAGGCCGAGGCGGAGGUAGUCGGGCGUGCGGAAGCCAAUAGGGUGUCCGCCUUCAUAGCUGGCCUUGAGCCAAAGGUGCCAAAGCUCGACGACCGCAUUGCCCUUUGGCAAGUUCUUCGCAAGAACGUAGCAACAGGCGUGAACAGGCUUAGCGAAUGCCCUGCAAGCCAAUGCAUGGCCCAUAUGGCUGCAGACGUCUAUGCCCUGAAGGCUGUGGACAAGAAGCGAGUUCUGGACCAUAACCUCCAGCACCAGCUUGUUGCCGAAGUAGAGACCCAGAAGACGCUCUCACAUCCCAACUUGCUGAGGUGUUUCGACUACUUCACAGAGUCGGACAUGGUGUACAUAGUCUUGGAGCUGGCUUCAGGAGGAGACCUGUAUCAGCAUUUGCGAAGACAUGGUCCCUUGAAUGAGCCACGAGCCGCCUACGUGUUCAGACAGGUAUGCGAGGGGGUCAGGCACUUGCAUGACCACGGGAUUAUCCACAGAGACUUGAAGCCGGAAAACAUUCUGCUGACCGAGGACAUGACCGUGAAGAUUGCAGACUUUGGAUGGGCUGCCAAGGCAGAGAGGACUGACACGCGUAAGACCUUUUGUGGAACCCUUUGCAUGCUGGCGCCGGAGAUGAUUGCUGGCAAGGCGUACGACGCCAGAGUGGAUGUCUGGGCUGUUGGCGUGCUUCUCUUCGAAAUGCUGACAGGCUGCUCACCCUUUGACAGAGGGCAAGGUCUCAUGGAGACCUGCAAGGCCAUUGUGGGACCAGGUCUGAGUGCUGUGGCCAUGGACGAGGUGCCGACAGCAGCUCAGCCCAUCCUCCAUGGACUCAUGCAACAGGAAGCCGACAACCGCAUGUCGCUGGAUGAGUGCCUUAAGGCUGACUGGGUCAUGGAGCAGUCAGCGUCGUUUUUGAAGGACUUCACCCACGGCCGACAAACCAGCAGCAGCAAAAGAACACUCAUCACGGCUGUCAACCUUGCUGAGACAAGGGCGCAGCCAGAUUUGGAUCGGUCACAUCGUGCAGAUACUCCCAAGGAGUUCUCAGCACAGCUUGACUCCCCACGGCUUGCUAAGCCGCUGGCAGGAGGAAGCUCUCCAUGCAAGCGUAGCUCGUCGACAUCGACAGCUACACCAUCCAGUACUGCUGCUGCAGCAUCUGCCAUCACGGAUGCCGAAAUCAGCCCUGUGAGUCCAGGGGUCUUUCCCCAGCAGCGAGGCUCUUCAGCGGCCCGUGGCCUUGAUGCGUGCUCUGUGAGUUCAAACAGCCGCAUGAUCAACGUGAAGGCUGUGGAAGAGGAUCCUUCGCUAAAUGCCUGGGAAAAGGAGUCGGCCUCCUCGGUGGCAUCAAUGCGCAGCGAGGGCAAAUGGCGGGUUCCGGAUGGCAAGGAGCUGCUACCCAAGGUGGAGUUGGAAACGCCUCGUGCUCCACCGACAAGACCGGCUGGCACGGCGUCAACCAACCAGUUGCUUCCACCCGGAACGCGGCUGGACCUUCUGCCUCCUAGGACUUGCUUGGGCCUUCAGGCAUCUAGCGAGCACAGCGCAAGUGGCGUUGCCUCAGGUGUUGAGGCCGCUGAAGGCUUUCUGCGAGAUGUUGCUCAGAGCGAAGAUAGCUCAUCGGAUGACAUGCCGGAGGGUGAGGUGGCGUUUGGAGUUGCCUUCGACUCCUUCAGCCCGGGCAAGAAGCGAUGGAGUCAGGAGAGGCUAAGAUCACUUGACGAUCCUGUGAGUCCAGUGAAACAUCAAGGCUCACGUGAUCGCCACCGGCAAGAGGCUGGAGGUGGAUAUGCGGUCCCUCGAGUGAUCCGACCGGACUUUCAUGGACCUGCUGCUAAAGCCGUGGCCAGGUCCUCCAUCUGUUCGCAUACGUCUUCUGAUGGACAGUCGUAUCAAGGCUCCACAGCGGCAGGCUCAUCGGCAUCUCGGCAGGCGUCCAAUGGGCUUGUUCGACAGCUGACUGAGCUCGGCUACUCGUGGCAUCAGGCCAUGGAGGCCGCCAAGCGCACCAGCUCAGUGGAAGCAGCUGUAGACUGGUUGGGGGAGAAGGAGAGUGCUUGCGGUUGGGCCUGA